UCUGAAAGGGAGCCACCUUGCCUUCCACGGAACAGACUGCCUAGUAGUCCCUGGGACCUUGCUUCAGCAUCAGAGAUGGCGAUACCAGGCAUGUGUUCUUCCAUCUCUGAAGAGCAGCUGCAGAUCCAGGAGGGACUGAACAAGACCAGGGAGGACUUGGCUGAGCAGAGUCUGGUUUCAUCUGAGAAAUGGCUCCAACGACAUGGGCUGAAGGCCAACAAAUUGUCUUUGAAACAGAUCUUGUCUCAGAUUGGAUUCCCCCAUUGUGAAGAUUAUGUGUCGUCUCUGGGGAGAUCUGUGGCUUCUCGGUAUGCUGAUGGUCUCUUCCCACAGAUCUACGGGGCAGAAGAUGGCCGAGUGUACAACCUGACAGCUAAAUCAGAGCUGAUCCGUCAGCUUGUGGAUCACUUAGCCCAAGCCGUGGAGAGUUACAAGCAGCGGAUGGACUGGCUCACCAGCAGGAGCCGGCAGAUUUUUGGCGUCAUCUUAGAAAAACGCAUCACCAUAGUGCUGGAUUGGGGCGACAUUCUGGAGGGGGAGCUCGGUCUAUGCCAAGCCGCUCUGACAAUGGUCCUCCAGGAGCAGGUGGUCCACGUGACCAAGUUCAAUAUCAUAUGGGCUGCUCAAGUGCCUGUGAAGUGGCAGGAACAUGCCAUGCCUGCGACCCCGCAAUCCAUAGCUGCUGCCAUCAGUUGGAUUGAAAAACUCACUUUUGAGCCUUUGACUAUGAGUGGGGUUAGCCGUUUGGAUGCCCUGCUGGAAGCUGGGAAAGACAAAAAUAUUGAGUCCAUCUACUACUUCAUUGUGGGGGAGGUUCCCAAGGUUCUUGAGGAACUUCUCCUUGAGAGAGUUUUGGAAAUCCCAUGUCUGGUCCACACAGUGUCCUUCAAUGCCAGAGGAGAAGGCACAAUAGCUUUCCUAAAGGAACUGAGUGCCCGGACCCACAGCAGAUUCCAUGCAUUUGCAGAGAGAACGGAGUGUGUGGAAUUUCCUACAUUCUCCACAAAGGAUGAUCACAGUGUGAUUUCUUGGAAUUCAAGGAAACUGAAAGGAAAACUCCCCCCAGGGGCUGGCGUCAGAGAGGAUGUGUUUCUCAUUUGGAAGGAGUUGGAAGAAGCCUGUAGCACCCUUGCCCAGGUCCAGAUGCUGGUGGCCGAGCCUCUGAAGUCCAAUGUGGCCCCAACAGACUGGGAGUCAGGAGCAACAUCUGUCCCGAAUGAGGCAAAUCCAGAGGACACCUGGGACUCUGAGAAGUGGCUACAGAAAUACGGCUUGAAGGCCCAGAAGCUGGCGUUUUAUGAUGUCCUGGCUGACUGCUCCUUCCGCCACGCUGAUGGAGUUGUUGAUAUAAAAGCCAAGCCUGAGGACGAGUCUGUGCAGACCAGUGCGGAGACCAACAUGAAAACAGUGCAUGCAAAAUACUGCAGCAAGUUUGUCCAUGCUCCCUGGAAGGAUGGGAGCUUGGUCCAUGUCAACCUCACCAAGGAGAAGUACAAGUGGUACACUGAGAAAAUGCGUAUGGCUCUGGCCAGAAUCCAAAGGAGGAUCAAGUGGCUGCAGGACGGGAGCCAAGCCCUCUUCGGGAAAGUGCGUGGAGAUUGCAUCUAUGUCCUCAUUGACACGUCUCACUCAAUGAAGAGCAAGCUGGACGUGGUGAAGGACAAGAUCAUCAGACUCAUGCAGGAACAGCUGAAAUAUAAAAGCAAAUUCAAUUUUGUGACGUUUGAUGGCCAGGCAGUUGCUUGGCGGGACAAACUUGUUGAAAUUAAUGAAGAUCAUUUGGAGCAGGCUGAGUCUUGGAUUAGAGAGAUUAAGGUUGGAAGCUCCACAAACACGCUGCAGGCCCUGCAGAUGGCUUUUGCUGAUCAGGAAACACAGGUCAUCUACCUUCUGACCGACGGGAGACCUGAUCAGCCGCCUGAAAUGGUGAUCGACCAAGUCAAAGCUUUUCAAAAAAUCCCUGUUUAUACCAUCUCCUUCAAUUACCAUGACGAGCUUGCUAAUGACUUCCUGAAAGAGCUUGCUUCUGUGACUGGUGGGAAGUUCCAUUCUUACAGAUUCAGUUGCAAGGACCCCUUUCCUGAAGAGGCUGCGCAGAAUGGAGAUCUCAGGCUUUUGCUUCAGGAAGUGGAGCAAGGGCACAGCGACUUAGAGAAGAUGCAAAACCUUUAUUCCGAGUCUGUGAUCAUGGACUGGUGGUACAAUGGCGAGAAGGAAGGUGACAGCAAGUAUCAGAAGGAAAUCUCUUCUAUGGUUUCAACCCCAGAAAAAUGUGCAAAACUUCAAUAUGAUGUUGAAUCAACAGGAGCCUUACCCCCAAAUAUGUCAAAAGUACCCUGGGAGCUUUCAAAUCAAAAGCUGCAGAAAAAGAAAGUCCUGCAUGCAGAAUCAACCAAAACCAGCCUCCUCAGAAGCCAGAUGUCCACACUCAAGAGCUCGGCCUUGGAGCACAGGAGGGACAGCCCCUCCACCUCCAGCACCUGGAGCAGCACUCUGAGCAACCAAGAACUGAGUGCCCUGCUGAUGAGCGAGGACCCGGAUGAUGAUUUGUCAGAAGGAUCGACUAGACAAGGGAGCCAAGCUUGCGAGGAGGACUCUUCAGAGAUGUCCUCGGCAAACUGGCUGCAGACCCAUGGCCUGGUGGCCAAGAAGCUCACCCUCAUGGAUGCCUUGUCGGUGCCCCACAGCUCCACCCAGGUCCCCAUCCUGGAUAAGCUUGUUGUCUCCAACGUCCUCGAUGAGGUGUUCCCUCUGGCACAUGUGUGUAAGGACACAAAGAAGGCGACAUUAAUUAACCCCCAAAGAGUGAAACUCAAUCUCUACAAGCAGAAAGUGGAGCAGGCCAUCAAGUCCUAUGAAAAGCGCUUGAAUAAUAUUGUUUGGCAAGCAUUAUCUCAAGAGGAGAAAGAAAAGUUAGAUGCUGUCAAACCACUGCAGUACCUAGAAAACAAGGCAGCUCUCAACAAGGCCUUAGAGCGGUCAAACUGGCCCAUUUCACUGGAAGAGCUGUCGCUCCUGGAAAAUGAGAUCCUGGCUGGGAAGAUGUACAUCCAGCAGGCCAUGGAGCUCCAGGAGGCCUCCAAGAAGAACUGCGUGAGCCAGGUCCCAGCGGAGCAAAAAUCUCAAGGAAGUCCAACAAAGAAAAGCAAACCAAAAAAAGUCGAUCACCUCAAAGGCCAGAAGGUUAUUGCAAGGUGUGAUGAAAACGGCUUUUAUUUUCCAGGGGUUGUGAAGCAUUGUUUGAGCCGCACCCAUGCACUGGUGAGCUUCAGGUAUGGGGACACCAAGGUUGUGCCCACCUGCUUCAUCACGCCUGUGGGGGGCGCCAUGCCCUGUCCACUGCUGCAGGUCGGAGACUAUGUGUUUGCCAAAAUUGGGACACCUGAAGGAUUUGACUUCUAUGUCCCUGCCAUUGUCAUAGCACUUCCAAAUCCAAGUGUGGGCUCAGAAAAAUUCUACACAGUCCUGAAGUGUAACAACCGGCGAGAAUUUUGCCCUCGGAGCGCACUUAUAAAGAUCAGCCAAAACAAAUAUGCUCUGUCUUGCUCCCAUAUAAAGUCACCCCCAAUUAAGGAGGAGCCCAAAGUGGAAGACAAGGACCUGAAAAACGGUACUUUCCCACUCUGGUCAAUGAAAGAAGUUGACACUGUGGAUUUCAAAGAACCCAAACAGGAAAAUCCUAGAAGAAAGAAAAAGAAAACCGCCAACAGGCCGCCUCUGCAGGAGAUGACAUCCUCAGACUCAGACAGCGCUUCCCACGGCACCAGGUCCCAAGAAUGCCACCCCAACUCAUACCCUAAGCCCAAGGGGGGGGCGGGAGUGUGCCACUGUGCAACCCCAGAGUAUGUUGGUGCACCGAGUCCAGGCCAGCUGGGUCCAACCCUCCCGAGUAACAGUGGCAUCCACUUCCCCAGAGAAGGCCCUCGGCCAGGGGCCUAGGACUCAGCAGUCCUCUGGGAGCCACCAGAGGAAGAGGGCGGUCGUCGAGGAACCUACAGCAGUCUAGUGGCAACUAAGUUGAUGAGAGUCAGCGUUCCUACAGGGCUAUUCAGACCUCAGUGGGCAGCACUGCGGAAUGAGCCCCUCCACUGAGGUAAGGCCGCCCCUCAGCCCACCUCUGCCUCCCUGUGGACAGCAAAGGCCCAGGUCUUCCCCACCUCCUCCCGCUUGGUUCCCCUCCCUGUUGGAGGGUAUUGCUCCUGGCUUUCUCGGACUCCUUUUACCCCUUUCUUCCACGUCUUGACCAAACAUCUCAGCCUCUGGUACAUGCCCCAUGCUCAGAGGUGCAACCUGACAGGUUGCUGUCAAAGUCUUUGGCAGUUGGGGCACUUAGCAUCCAAGCCUGUUAUCUUGUCUUAAGAUGACCACCCCAUCUGAGUUAGGGAUUCUGUUCUCCACACAAGGGUUGGAAUUAAGACCUGACAACCGGCCUGAGAUCUGUGAGACAGGGCAUUGUGUAUGUUAUUGUUUCCUGGACAUUCUGACUGGGCCUUCCUAACUCUCUAUAUCUGUAGUCUGUUGUAGGUUCCUCGAAUUGAGAAGCAGAAUAAAACUCUUACAUUGGAAAUAUUU